AUGCGUCGUACGGAGCCCGCUUGGCACUGGAUGAAGUCGCUCAUGGAGCAAGAGGGCGCUUUCGACAUGGAUCCUCGCGGGGAUCUCUGCCUGCUGGUCACCCCCGAAGAUGGCAACGACGAUGGCCUGGACCGCGACCAUGACGAUGACGAUGCUGCCUCCGUCAAAAGUGACCCGAGCGACACUUCCAAGAAUGGCCAGCGGUUUGUUGUCUGCUCCCGAGCCUUGUCGCGUGCUUCGCCCGUCUUUUGCAAGAUGCUGUACGGACACUUUGCCGAGGCCGACAGCAGUCGCAGCAAGGCCGUCAACCUCAACGACGCCAUCGAGCCGAUGUUCUUGGCCCUCUUGAUCAUUCAUGGCCGCUUCGACAUCGUUCCCGCACGCCUUACAGUCGAGGAGCUUUUCGAAUUGUUGGUUAUUACCAACAAAUAUCAAAUGACCGGCAUCGCACGCCCUUGGCUCCAUAAGUGGGUACCUUACUUGAAGGCCAUCCCAUGCAGCCCUCACAAGGACCUCUUGGCCUGGAUCGCGUGGGAACUCGGUGCCGAGCAGAUGUUCGGCCACGUUGCCAAAGCAAUCGCUCGGGAAUGUCGCGUCAACGAGGACGGCGAGGUCCUGGACACAGAUGGCGAGCUCAUGAGACUCAACAUCUACCUUGACGCAGCUGGCAUCCUAGAUGGCAUUGCUCGAGCCAGAAAAGACGCCGUGUCUUCGCUCUUUUCGCCUCUUCGGCUGUACACCCAAGAAAUUCUCAACGGCAAAGGGUGCACUGGUGGAUGGCUCCAGAACAUGAAAUGCAACAACACGGUACUUGGAUCCGUGAUGAUGGCUUGCAAAACAGCCGGAAUCGACCCUGCCCCUCUGAUUGCCGGAUGCAACCCUGUCUACCUCGGUAGUGUAGCAGACCUGUACAAUAAGAUACAGUUGAUGAUGGUCGAAAACUGGGAUGGUCACGAUUGCAAUCCGAUUGAGCAAGCCAAGGUCUUGGCCAUGAACAUUAUCAGCAUUGAAGACAUGCCCUCGCCGGUGACGCAGCCCCAGAGAGAGCAUAUGAAGAAGCAGAAGUCAAUUUCAGGAUGGAACCGCCAGUGCAACUGA